ACGGAAUUUAUGCAGCAUCGUAAAAUUUCGUACUAGUUUACACCCUUUUUUUUCUGGAGGAAGUUACCUGUCGAAUAUGCAUAGUCUGAACCUGAAUGUUGGUCUUAAACAGCACCAGCCCAAGCGUGCCGUAUUUUGAGAGCCUUUUCUACUUUGUAAACGUGGUUUGCACCAAAUUUUCACAGUAUGCGGUUUGCCGACCCAAAGAGCAAGACGCACAAUAGCCCAGCGGCCCGAGCCCAUGUACGGUGAUGAAUCCAUCGCCAGGAUGCAAAAGCCCUUUAAUAACCCUCGACAGAAGCCCCGAGCGGCCGAGCCCCGCGGUAACUCGGCCUCGAUCCCCUCGCAAUGAGCCUGCCGCCUCCGCCGCAGCGCCGCCGCCGUCUGCACGAGCUGGCGCGGCAUCAUCUCCGACGCCGCCUUCGACCGCUGCUACAAAGAGUUCCACGGCGCGCCGCCCGUGCUAGGCUUCUUCCACAACCGCGAACACUACGCCAUCAGGAGAAGCUACGAAAUGGCCUUCGUCUCCGGGCUCCCUUACGAGGUCGAAGUGAAGGUCUGGACCUCCAUCUUCGUCUCCACCGCGUCCUUCUGCCCGCCUGCACGCCGCAAGCGCCGCCAUUGGCACGUCCUGGACUCCCGGCAUGGCCUCGUCCUCUUCUACACCCCCAAAACGCGCCAUGAUUUCCUUGUCUGCGACCUCGUCACCUGCAAGCGAUGGUGGAUUAAUGCCAGCCCAAAGUGCAAGGACAUCAUGUCGGCUGAUUUGGAUGACCAUGACGAGGACGAGAACAGAACCUGGAAUGCCAUGAUGUUCUGCGCCAAGGAAGGAUGCGGCCACCUCGACUGUCAUGGCCUCCCUUUCCAAGUGGUUUUCGUGGGCUCCUAUGAUAAAGAGGGGAUAAUUCUUGCCUCUGUCUACUCAUCGGAGACUGGUGAGUGGAGCGGCACGAACUCCAUUGCGCAACCGGAGACCAUCGACAAGAGGGGGCACAGUGCCCUUGUGGGAAAUAAUGUCUAUUUCCCCUGUGAGGAGCGCAACAGAAUCGUGAAUUACGACAUGGCUGAGCAAGAACUAUCGGUGAUUGACGCGCCAUCUGAGUAUCAGUCGGACAUUGUCCUCAUGGGGGCAGAGGAUGGCAUGCUGCUGUUCACGACCGUGCAGAACUCUAAACUCUGCCUAUUGUCAAUGGAGGCUGGCCCGAACAGAGCUGAGGGAUGGGCGCGAAGCAGGGUUAUUGAGCUCAAACCGUUGCUCCCUCUUCGUGCUCUCCGGGAGGACAUUUCGGUGGUUGGUUUUGCGGAAGGUGUUGGUGUCAUCUUCCUGAGGACAGUGGCCGGGUUGUUCAAAAUCGAGCUCACUGCAGGUCGAAGCAAGAAGGUACAUGAAGGGACAUCCUUCGACAAAGUCAUGCCCUACACGAGAUUCUACACUGGAGAACGGGGCGCCGCACCGAUUGAGAAGCUUCAUGCCCAUUUGUUUGGUGCUACAACGGUAUGAUCAAAUGGUGCCAAAAUGAUGGAUGGAUUGUAAGAAUUUGAACUGAACUUCUGCUUGGUGUGUUGGUACC